GCAGCAUACUGGUGAGCAGCCACACAAAUGUGAGUUGUGUGGCUGGCAAGGUCGGGAUCACAAUGCAUUAAGAAGACACAAACUCAUUCAUCUUCACUUAAAGCCAUUGAAAUGUCCACAUGAUUUCUGCUUAUAUGAGAGCUGUCAUUCAGCAUACUUCAGGAGGCAUAUUGCAAAAAAGCACCCUAAAGCAGAGGACAUAUAUAAGUGUCAGGUUUGUUCAAUGGAAACCCCCAUAUUGCAAGACUAUAUAACUCAUUCAACAAAUCAUAUGAAGCAGUUGGUUAAAGAUGCCUUUAAAAAAAGGAGUGACUCUUUGGAUAUUAAGAAAGAUAUUGAAAGUUCUGAUGCAGAGAAAAUCAAGUUAGAAUCCAAAGACAAAGAUAAUUUUAAAAUGGAAAAGCAUAAACAAGGAGAAGACAGCAGCACAGUUCAAGAUAUUAAUUCAGAAUCAGUUGUGUUUGAUUCUGUGAGUAAUUCAGAAAGGUGAAGGAUUACUUUAAGAAACUUACAUGGAAAGAUACAAGAGAACGAGAAAGCUCAAAGGAAAUAAAGAACCUGUUGUCAUCAAAUUGAAUGGAUGCUGUGAAGGUUGAGAAAAUAAAGCGAGCUAUCAUGCAUUUCUUCAGGUGGGUACAACCAAUAAAAAUAACCAUUGCUAAUAAAAAGGAAAUCCUUGAUACUUUCAGA